GGACGUGGCUCUCCCGGCCGCCGGCGGGGCGCGCUAGUGUUGGGGUCCCGCCGCCCUGAGGCUCGAGCUCGUGCGGGUCGGUCCGUCGGCGGGGCCUGCGCGGGGCCCGGGCCCAUGGCGGCGUCGGCGGCUCUGUCUGCGGCGGCGGCGGCGGCGGCCCUGUCUGGCUUGGCGGUUCGGCUGUCGCGCUCGGCGGCGGCCCGAGGCUCAUACGGCGCCUUCUGCAAGGGGCUCACGCGCACGCUGCUCACCUUUUUCGACCUGGCCUGGCGGCUACGCAUGAACUUCCCCUACUUCUACAUCGUGGCCUCGGUGAUGCUCAACGUCCGCCUGCAAGUGCGGAUCGAGUGAGCGCCGGCGGCGGCGGCUGCGGCGGCGGCCGCGGAGGCCCGGCUGGAGGGGCGCCCGUGUCCCCGCCCGCCCCCGGCCGGGUCGCGGGCAUGAAGGACAGCUGGAUCGCGGCGGGGGGCGGAGGUGGGGUGGCCCGGGCCCCUGGACUCUAGACCUACGCCGCCCGGGCACGAAGGCCCAGCCCUGGCCCUGGCCGCGGUCUCAGCCCGGGACCCGGGAUCGCGCAGAAACGCACUGAACAGGCCCCUACCAUUGGGCUCCAGAAACUACCUGAGCUCGGACGACCUGUUGCCUCACAUUGGCAAAAGAGGAGGAAACCAGAAGGAGGGAAUUCUCCUGCGGCGAAUUGACUUUCCCGGCCCCGAGCAGAAAGGCAUUGACGUUUGUAGGCGGUGACCCACCCCUUCUCUGGCCUUGCCAAGAGUCUCAUCCCUACCCUGGGGCACCUCUGACCCUGGACCUGCUUGGGCAGAGGCAGCGUGAAGGGCCUGAAUAAGAGGAGAAGAAGGGCCUUCCUAGUAGAGGCACAGCAUGGACAAAGGCUCACAGGGGUGGGGGUGCCCAGUGAUCGAGUCCUGGCUUGGGAAGGAAGUUCUGAGUUCCCUGGGAACUGAAAUCUGCUAGCAGCACUGUGAGAGAGGUGUAUUUCCCCCUCCUAAUGACAGAGGAAACUGAGGCUUGGGGGAGGGGGGGAUUUGCCCUUGACAUGCAGAUAGGAGGAGGAGGAACUGCGUGUGCCCCUGGGCCUGCAGGCCCCCACACCCCUCCCCAGUCUUCUCCAAGACCUGGCAUGGUGGGAGGAGGGAGGGGGAAGUGGAGAGGGAAGCACAGGGCUCCUGAGGCACCAAGGGAGAGAGGCGCCCAGGGGUAGGGAGUCUAGGAAUGUCGCUUUCCUUGGAGCAGUACGGAAAGUCACAGGGAAGAUCAGGAGGACAGACAGCUGAGAUGGGAGACAGGAGAGAUGAGCCCCAGGACCCCUGGGGAGCCAAGCUCUCCCCCACAUCCUAGCCUCUCACCCCACCUGGAGCUUCACCAAGGGCUCCUCAGCAGUGAAGUGGCACAAACCUCCCAGUUUGAUGGGCAAGUGGGGAUGAUGGUGGUGUCAUGGCUCCUGGAGACACGACAUAACCAGGACGGUGAAGGGAGAAACCUGGGAUGGGCUGGGGCUGAGACCCAUGGCAUGACCCCAAUUCUCUCUCAAGCUCGACCCCCAUCCGCAGGAUCACACAGGAGAAUCUCAUCCUCACGGCUUGGAUUGGUUCUGGGGGCCCCCGGUUGUGCUGCUAACUGGUGUACAAUGGUCAGGAGCAGCCCAGAGGGGAGGCAGGAAGGGACCCUCGCCCUUACCCUCUAUCCCCAUUUCCGCAUCUCUUGCACUGGUACCCCGAGGGCCACGUUCUCAGUUCCUGGGACUGAAAACUGCAGCAGUCUGGCCAGCUCCAGGGACAGAGUGAUCCAACCACCUACCACGUACCCUCCUCAGCAGCCCACUGGACCCAGGUCCUGAAUGAAGCUGUCUACCUGCCUCAUCCCAGAAGAGGCUGGACAGUGGCUGCCUUGUGCCCCCUGCAGUCUCCCACAGCCAGGGCCCCAUGGGGUGCCUCCUUGUCCCAAGUCUCCUGAGAACCCCUGACCUUGCUGGCCCCUCUCAUCCCCGCCAACCCUGUCCACCCUGGACCACCUCUGGGGGCCUGUCAGCCUGCUGGUCCCCCCAACAGAUCUUUGGGGGCAGCCUCUGUGGGACAAGAGUGACACAGAGCUGGAGGAGAAGAGGAGUGAGGGGCCUCCUUGUGUCUGAUGCACAGAUGUGGCCCUUUCAAACCCUGGUGUCACCCUCUGGGUGACUGGAUCCCCAGCUGCAGCCUCUUCCUGGGCCAGCCAGGAAGGGUGGAGGAAAGUUCUUUGCUGAUUGCAUGCGUGAUACUGUGGAGGGUGCCUGAGCCCUCCCCAUGCAAGGGGCUCAUCCUGGGACUCUGGAAGCUGCUUCCCUACUGGGAGAAAUGUGUGUCGGAGCUGCAGGGGUCCCUACCCUCAGAGACCCCCGACUGCAGGGAACCCCACCCCAUAAGAGGGUCAUGGGAGUCCAUGUCUGCCCACCCCCCGUGGCUUCUGCUGUGGCUGUAUUGGCCUAGAGGGGCUGGCUGGGGAGGAGCAGGGCUGAGCCUUCAGCAUCUGCUCCUGUCCCUGCCUUUUCACCCCUGCUGCCUGAAGUGGUAGCCCCACCUGCUGCUUCUCUACCUCCCCUCCCCACCUCUUCUCUCCCCUACGGGGCCCUUGCUGCGUGAUGGGGUCUCCAUGCACUUUAUUUAUUUGCAGUCUGUUUUCUAGGCGGUGGAGCUUCUAGACACCGACCAGAAUGACAUACUUUUCUGUGUGUGAUUCACUGUGUACUGGUCAGCACAGGCUGGCCAGAGAGAUGUUCUUGUUUCUGGUGUUGUCACGUCUUCUUGUUUUCUCUAAGUUUAAAAAAAAAAAAAAGUCAUUUGUUUAAUACACUAAAAUCCCAACUGGAGGCCUUCCGUAUCUGGUGGGGGUGAUGCAAUGGCCCCAGGUGGAGAGAGGCCCCAUGGUGAGGUCACCGGCUCCCAUGGCCAGGAGUUGGCGGGGAGAAGCCUCUGAGGGGUAGGGGAGGUGGAGGCUGUAGCAGGGACCAUGUUUCCUGUUCAGAGGCUGUGCUGAGAACCGACUUGACCCGGACCACUGCCCCAUGAGAAGCAGGCAGCAGCCUGGCCUGGUCCUGAGAGGUGGCUGCUUGUCCUGUUGACAGUCUCUGUUCAAAUGACCCAAAACAUAAGUCCUCUUCCAUUUUAGAGUCUGGUGAUCAAAAGUGCCUAAGUCAGUAGAAUCCUGAGGGUGGACUAGGGUGAAGUGAACUGAAACAGACUGCACGCAGGUCAUUUUGUGUAGCGCUGAGACCCUUCUCCCUGCCUGAGGUCACCUCCCACUGCCUCCCUACCAGCAAGGUUACUGCAGAACCCUGGAGAAGAUAAAGGACCUGGCCCUAGAAGCCUGCUUCCCUUCCCCAACCUUAGAGGCAAACUCUGUCCCAUCAGAGUCCCCCUCCCUAGUGGCUCCCACAGGAGAGAGCUCCCUAAUGGCUGCCGUAAGGGUUGGCAAGCAGGCAAAAGGUGGGAGAGGGAAGGCCGAGGGGAGUGUUAGAGGAAGAUGCCCGGGUGAGAGGCAUCCUGAGGACACAGGGCUAUGCUCAGACUCAGGAGUGCAGUCUGAGUUUAGGGGCCCUGGGGGCACUCCUGUUGCCAAGGGCUACCCAGGGGUCACAGCACCCUGAUAAGAACCCCUCCAAAAGCACUAGUGCCAACACCCUAUGGCAUCUGCCACCACAGGAGAAAUGGACCCCAGUCCCUGAGCUCUCUCCCCUUUGUCUAGAUGGCCCUCUUCAGUCCCUGAUGGUCCCAUCCCCACUCCAGGGAUCACGUGACUUGGCAAACCAAGAUGGGGGAUGAUACCCCCAGAGCCUGGCUCCAAGGCCUCCUGAAGAGGCCCAACCCUGCUACAGAGGAAGGGAAGGCAGGAAGGCCGGUUCUGCUCAAAUGGGACCCCAGGAGACCAAAGCCCUGAGCCGUGAGUCCAGCUCUUCCACUUACUACUGUGUGGUGCCAGGCAAACUGCACAACCUGGAGUUUUUAGUAAGGUUCUUUUGGGAUGCUUGUCAGCAGCGAAUACAAUAUCUGUUCAACGUUUGUCAUCAGCUCUCACCUGGAGAAGCCUUGUUACUGUCGGGAAACGGAACCAUUUGAAGGGAAUGGACAUCCAAUGAGAGCCUGCCAUGUGCCAGGCACCAUUCUAGGUGCUUUGCAUUCCUAAUCUCAUCAUAAUCCCACAACCACCUAACCUUUAUCUCCAUUUUACAGAGAAAUCAAGGACAGGAACCAAGUCUGAAAUAGAACCCCAAGCAGAAUCUCUUUUCCUGAGCUCCCAGUGCCCCUGGAGAGGCAGGGAAUUGGGCUGGAGUAAUGGUGGAAUGGAAUAGCAAAGGUGGAAGAUGACCCUGUUCUUUCUGGGUGGGGUCCAGGAGGCAGAUAAGAAAUCCAGGUGUGGCCAGGUGCAGUGGCUCAUGCCUGUAAUCCCAGCACUUUGGGAGGCCAAGGCGGGCGGAUCACAAGGUCAGGAGUUCAAGACCAGCCUGACCAACACGGUGAAACCCCAUCUCUACUAAAAAUACAAAAAUUAGCUGGGCAUGGUGGCGCAUGCCUGUAGUCCCAGCUACUCGGUUGGCUGAGGCAGGAGAAUCGCUUGAACCUGGGAGGCAGAGGUUGCGGUGAGCCAAGAUUUGGGCGACAGAGUGAGACUCCAUCUGAAAAAAAAAAAAAAAAAAAGAAAAGAAAAGAAAAGAAAAAUCCAGGGCUUGGAUGGGGGACAGACCUGGGAGCCUUCUCCAAAUGCAGCUCCCCAGUGGGAGCAGCUGGGGCCACCCUGAGAUGGGUUCACCUGUCUUUUCUCCAUCCUCCCUCCAGAGAUUGAUUGGGACCUAAGAGAUUGAGUCAGGAGAGGGCAAGAGAGCAGCUAAGCAGGCAGUUUUGGGGGCACCAGAGCAAAUACAUUAAGAAAUGGGAAAUAUAAAGAGCAUGCAAAACCUCAUCCUACUUCUGUUCACCCCACCCACAAGGGAAACUGCUGCAUUUGGACAAAUUUCUACUUUGUGUUGGUGGAGGGAAGGAGAAAGAACAUACUACUUUGAAAACUUCUCCUCCCACUUCAUCUUUAUCUUUCCAUGUUAUUAGGUAUUUUUCUAUAUCCAAAGCCACCUAGUAGUCUCUUGUAUGAAGGUAUCAUGCAUUUCUCAAUGCCUCUUGGUUGUUUCCCUUUAUUGUUUAUUUGGGGAGUUUGGUUUCUUGGUUGUUUGGUUUUUUUCUGUGGUUGUUUUUAUAAACAUUCCAGUAACAGAUAAGUUGGACCUCAUCAAAAUUAAACACUUUUGUGCAUAAGAAGUCACUAUCAGGACAGUGAAAACACAGCCUGCAGAGUGGGAGCAAAUAUUUUAAAAUAUAUAUCUGAUAAGAGAUUGUAUCCAGAAAUAUAAAAAGAACUCUAGCUACUCAACAAAAAAAGACAGACAACCCAAUCAAAAUAUGGGCAAAGAGUUUCAAUACACAUUUCUCCAAAGAAGGGAUACAAAUGGCCACCAAGCACAUAAAGAUGCUCAAUGUCAUUAGUCAUUAGGGAAAUGCAAAUCAAAACCACAGUGAGCUACCACUUCACCCUCACCCACUUCACACAUUAGGAUAUUUAUUUAUUUAUUUUAUUAUUUAUUUAUUUAUUUAUUUAGAGACAGAGUCUUCAGUGCCCAGGCUGGAGAGCAGUGACACAAUCUCAGCUCACUGCAACCUCUGCCUCCUGGGUUCAAGUGAUUCUCAUGCCUCAGCCUCCCAAGUAGCUGGGAUUACAGACAUGCACAACCACACCUGGCUAAUUUUUGUAUUUUUUGUAGAGGCGGGAUUUCACCAUGUUGGCCAGGCUGGUCUUGAACUCCUGGCCUCAAGUAAUCAACCCUCCUCAGCCUCCUAAAGUGCUGGAAUUACAGGUGUGAGUCACCACGCACAGCUCAACUUUUUUUAAAAAAAUUAAAAUAACAAGUGUUGGUGAGGAUGUGGAGAAAUUGGAACCCUUGUUCAUUACUAAUGGGCAUGUAAACUGGUACAGCAGCCAAUGUGGAAAACAGGUGGUUCCUCAAAUAGUUAAACCUAGAAUUAUCCUAUAGCCCAGCACUUCCACUCCUAGGUACAUACUCAAAGGACUGAAAGCUGGUACUCAAACAUGAAUUUUCAUAGCAGCACUAUUUACAAUAGCUAGAAGGUGGAAACAACCCAAAUGUCUAUCAGUCUAUCAACUGAUGAAUGAAUAAACAAAACUUGGUAUAUUUAUACACUGGAAUAUUAUUCAGCCCAAAAAUAAUCCCACAAUGAAGUAUUUGAUACAUAUUACAAGGUGGAUGAACUUUGAAAAUAUUAUGCUAAGUGAAAGAAAUCAGACACAAAAGAUUACAAAUUUUAUGAUUCCAUUUAUAUGAAAUAUCUAGAAUAUGUAAAUUCAUACAGACAGAAAGCAGAUUAGUGGUUGCCAUGGUCUAGGGGAGGGAAGGAUGGAGAGUGACUACUUAAUGAGUACAGGGUCUCCUUUUAGGGAGAUGAAAAUGUUUUGGAACUAACAGUGGUGAUGGUUACACAACAUUGUGAAUGUACUAAAUGCCACUGAAUUAUACAUUUCAAAAUGGUUGAUUUUAUGUUAUGUGGAUUUCAACUCAAUAAUGAAAACAAA